CAUAAAGAAAAUAGCUGUCGGAAUUCGGUAACCGAAACUCAAAAACUUGAGGGUUUUGUUUCUGAUUUGAACCUUCCGAGGUUUCUGACAGCAUUAUGUUGAUUAGUAAUAACAUGAUGCAGUGACUGAUCCCAUGUAUGGAAUAAAUUGAGAAGAUUGGAAAGUCCAGAUUCCCUCUAGAUGUUAAGUGAUUAGAAAGUUCUUGAUGGGGGCAUUUCUGAGUUUUGCUGGUAACAGGUUCAGGGCAAGUGAGUAUGGUGAGGUUCCACAAAAGGAAACCUGCAAGAGGCAAAGGAUGUCAUCAGGUUUUAAUGACGAGAAUCCGAGACUGAUUCCCAGUCUUCCUGAUGAGAUAUCAAUGCAGAUUCUAGCUAGAGUUCCCAGGAUUUGUCACUUAAGUAUUAAGAAGGUUUCAAGGAGCUGGAAAAUUGCCAUCACAAGUCCUGAACUUUUCAAUUUGCGAAAAGAGCUUGGAAAAACAGAAGAAUGGCUUUAUAUAUUGACUAAGGUUGAUGACGAUAAGCUUUUAUGGUAUGCAUUGGAUCCUUUGUCCAGAAAAUGGCAACUGUUGCCACCAAUGCCCAACUUUGCUUACGAAGAAGAGUCUAAGCAGGGGUUAUCUGCUGUUUGGAUGUGGAAUGUGGUCGGGUCAAGUAUUAAGAUUGCAGAUGUAAUCAGGGGCUGGCUUGGAUGGAAGGAUGGAUUGGAUCGAAUGCCCUUUUGUGGUUGUGCUAUUGGGGCGGUUGAUGGCUGCCUCUAUGUAGUAGGUGGAUUCUCUCGAUCUUCGGCCAUGACGUGUGUUUGGCGAUUCAAUCCAGUUCUAAAUGUGUGGAGUGAAGUGAGCUCUAUGUCCAUUGCUAGGGCAUAUUGUAAGACAGGUAGCUUGAACAACAAGCUUUAUGUCGUUGGAGGGGUUAGUAGGGGUCGUGGUGGUGCUCUGACUCCUCUACAAUCUGCUGAAGUAUUUGACCCUUACACUGGGGAGUGGUCACAAGUCCCAAGCAUGCCAUUCUCUAGAGCUCAGGUCUUACCUACUGCUUUUUUGGCUGACAUGCUGAAGCCUAUUGCCACUGGGAUGACUUCAUACCGGGGAAGGUUAUGCGUGGCACAGAGUCUGUAUUCCUGGCCCUUUUUCGUUGAUGUUGGAGGAGAGAUGUAUGAUCCUGAAAUGGAUUCAUGGGUUGAAAUGCCAAAUGGAAUGGGAGAGGGUUGGCCUGCGAGGCAAGCAGGGACCAAAUUGAGUGUUGUGGUAGCCGGGGAGCUUUAUGCAUUGGAUCCCUCUAGUUCUCUAGAUAGUGGUAAGAUUAAGAUAUAUGAUCACCAAGAGGAUGCAUGGAAAGUUGUUGUAGGGAAGGUUCCUAUUCGGGAUUUCACUGAUUCGGAGUCUCCAUAUAUACUUGCUGGUUUUCUAGGGAAGCUUCAUGUCAUUACGAAAGAUGCCAACCAUGAAAUUGCAGUUCUGCAGGCUGACCUCCAUAAUGAAAUAAGUUCGUCUCCCUCAACUUCAUCUUCCUCAGAAAGAACCACGGGUGAAACUUUCCCUGCCUGUGGUUCAUCAAUGCCUUCUGAUUUGGGCCAACUGUGUGACUCAAUGUCACAAGCGGAAACCAAAGCCUGGAAGGUUAUUGCCACUCGGAAUUUUGGGUCUGUUGAGCUGGUCAGCUGUCAAGUACUUGAUAUCUAACAGUAUUAGCAAGGUUACACCAGGACUUGAUUGUAUAAAGAGAAAGUCAGAAGUAGUUUCUGGUGACCAUUUCUGGGAAUUAUGAAACUCAUAGUAGUACUCGUGCUGUCACUGGAUCAUUGCAAGGAGGGUGGUUAAUGAUUUUAAUGACCCCUGCUGAUACAAAUAGGUGGACUGCUCAAGUUUAGGAGUAAUCCCUUUUGAAGUUUCAUUACAAAAUUCAGAUGUGACAUCUUAUUUGAUGCAUAUGAAGAAGGUUGCUUUGUCUAUGAAUUCAGGGUCUUGCUGCACGAAUUGAUUUGUAAGAUGUUAAUGCAGGUAUGGUUUAUUAAACUUCCCUUAGUGGCAGACUUUAUCUCUCAUCAAGUCAUCAUUUCCUUGAUUGGGAAUUGGCAAUAUUAGUUAUGUAUCUUCUCCUUUCUUGUAUCCAAGUAAUAAAAUUCUUGCAAGAUGAAUGAAAAAUAGGUUUGUAAAGAGGGAGAACUACGUUAAUGCUGCACAACUUGCUUC